GCGGCGCGGGAGGAGCGGGCGGGAGGAGCGGGCGCAGGGCGGAGGCACAUUGGCAGCCCCAGUCACAAGCCAGGCUCCCUCCUCCUGCUCGGAUUCCGCUCACGGAGCGCGGUGGGAAGCGAUUCCCUGUGCUGCUGCUGCUGCUGCUGCUGCCCUUGGAGUGUCUUCUCCCCACUUUUCUGGCUCUGUGUGAGGCAGGCAGGUCACUUCCCUUGGAGCUGUUCCAGGCAGGCCAGGUUGGACUGAGAGCAGCCUUUCUGCAGAGCCCAGGAUGAGUUCCAUGCUGACCUCGGCCAUCCGGAGCCUGCCCGUGUCCUCAGCCUGGGCUGCUGGGGCCUUUGCUCGGUCGCUCAGCUGCUCCUCACAGCUCCAAGCCACAGCCCAGCCCAAGACCAAGAAGACCUUGGGCAAGAGUGGAGUGAAGAAUGUUGUGGUGGUGGAGGGCGUCCGCAUCCCGUUCCUGCAGUCCGGCACCUCGUACGCAGACCUGAUGCCACACGACCUGGCAAGGGCAGCACUGCAGGGCCUGCUGACCCGCACCAGUGUCCCAAAGGACGUUGUGGAUUACAUUGUUUAUGGCACAGUUAUCCAGGAGGUGAAAACCAGUAAUGUUGCCAGAGAGGCUGCCUUGGGAGCGGGUUUCUCCGACAAAACCCCGGCCCACACCGUCACCAUGGCCUGCAUUUCCUCCAACCAGGCGAUGACCACGGGCGUGGGGCUGAUCGCGGCCGGACAGUGCGACGUGGUGGUGGCCGGAGGGGUGGAGCUCAUGUCGGACGUUCCCAUCCGGCACAGCAGGAAGAUGAGGAAGACGAUGCUGACCCUGAACAGGGCCAAGACCUUGGGCCAGAAGCUCUCCCUGAUUUCCAAAAUUCGCCCUGACUACUUUGCUCCUGAGCUCCCGGCUGUGGCCGAGUUCUCCACCAGUGAGACCAUGGGGCACUCUGCCGACCGCCUGGCCGCCGCCUUCGGCGUGUCCCGCCUGGAGCAGGACGAGUACGCCCUGCGCUCCCACACCCUGGCCAAGAAGGCCCAGGACGAGGGUCUGCUGCUGGAUGUGGUGCCCUUCAAAGUGCCAGGCAAAGACACAGUCACCAAGGACAACGGGAUCCGGCCCUCCUCCAUGGAGCAGAUGGGGAAGCUGAAGCCGGCGUUUGUCAAGCCCUAUGGAACUGUGACAGCAGCCAACUCCUCCUUCCUGACGGACGGAGCGUCGGCGAUGCUGCUCAUGUCCGAGGAGAAGGCCCUGGCCAUGGGCUACAAACCCAAGGCCUACCUGAGGGACUUCGUGUACGUGUCCCAGGAUCCCAAGGACCAGCUGCUGCUGGGCCCAACAUAUGCCACCCCCAAAGUGCUGGAGAAGGCCGGGCUGACCCUGAACGACAUCGACGUGUUCGAGUUCCACGAGGCCUUUGCUGGCCAGAUCCUGGCUAACCUGAAGGCCAUGGAUUCAGACUGGUUUGCACAGAACUACAUGGGCAGGAAGUCGAAGGUGGGAGCCCCUCCCCUGGACAAGUUCAAUACCUGGGGGGGGUCCCUGUCGCUGGGACACCCCUUCGGGGCCACCGGCUGCCGCCUGGUCAUCACUGCUGCCCACAGGCUGAAGAAGGAGGGGGGACAGUUCGGGCUGGUGGCCGCCUGUGCCGCGGGGGGACAGGGCCACGCGAUGAUCGUGGAGCUUUACCCCCAGUAAGCGGUGCCCGUCCGUCCCGUGCCCGGCGAUGCCACCUCAAUGCACUAACAAACCCUACACCCCCUCCUCCUCCUCCGAGGGGGGCUUUGUGGCCUUUAUCAAUCCCUUUUUAGCUGCUCAGCCAGCGAUUUGUAUCUGAUGAACACGCUCUAUUCCACUUCCAGCAGAGGAACAGCCAAUGUGGCUCGGAGUCCCUGCUGGCUCCUCGUAACCUGUCUGCUCCUUCUGGGAACUCCUCAGGAUUUCUCCCAGUGGGGAACAAAAAUGAUUGCAAAGCUCUGUACGGAGAACUAAGUCUGGAGAGAGGGAGAACGUGAAGCACUGGUGGUGGGUGGGCUGAGGGGGGUGAAUGCCGUGGGCAGGAGCAGCUCUUAGGGCAGUGGGGUCAGUCCCAGGGGCUGAGCUGGGCUCAGACGGGGCAGUUUUGCUGCACGAUGUCCAAAGGCUGUUGGAAUGAGCAAAUUGCAUCUGACAAAUGAAUGUCACCGAGGUAACAACCACAAUAAAUCAGGACAAGACACAC